GUGAGCCACCGUGCCGGGCCUAAGCCUCUCCGCUCUGGGGACCCGGAGCCUUCGUUCUCGGCCUCCCCGAUCUCCCCUGUGCACCCUGGUACACUGUCCUCCUAGAGGUGCGCCCUCCUAGAGGCCACCCUUGCAGAAGAUUCCCUGAGACUUAAUGACCUGGGGCACCCCGGACUUUCCUAAUCGUAGCUCCACCCACUCGAGCCGGGUGCCUUCGCGUUUCCCGUUUUUAAAUGAGAUAGUGGCACACCCAGUGGCAUCCUCCCGCCCGGGCUCUUAUCGGCGGUCCCAGCCCCUGCUUGAGCGCCUCCGGGUGUCACGGGCCCCUGCGGACACCAAAGCUCUCGAACCCGGAUGUGGACCUCGGUGCGGCGCGGGGCAGCCUGGCUGGGAACCCUGCUCGGCCCCGGAGAGGGGCCCCCCGAGCCGAGGGGAGGAGCGGCGCAUGCCCACAAGCCCCCCGCGGGAAGUAGGAAAUCGACCGGCCAGGCGGUGCGCUUCGGACCCAGCCAGGGCAUGUGCUCGGAGGCCAGCCUGGCUCGCAGGUUGCGGGCUGCGCUGCGGGAGGAGGAGCCGUGAGGAGCUGCUGCGCUGCGGUGCGGACCCUAAUUUGGUGCUGGAGGACGGCGCAGCGGCUGUGCACUUGGCGGCCGGAGCCCGGCACCCGCGCGGCCUGCGUUGCCUCGGGGCCCUACUGCGCCAAGGCGGGGACCCCAACGCUCGAUCUGUCGAGGCACUGACGCCGCUGCAUGUGGCCGCCGCCUGGGGCUGCCGCCGCGGCUUGGAGCUGCUGCUGAGCCAAGGAGCGGACCCGGCGCUGCGCGACCAGGACGGACUCCGGCCGCUGGACCUGGCCCUGCAGCAGGGACACCUGGAGUGCGCGCGAGUCCUGCAGGAUCUCGACACGCGGACCGGGACCCGGACCCGGAUCGGGGCAGAGACCCAGGAGCCCGAGACUGCACCUGGCACCCCAGGCCUCUCUGGACCUCCCGAUGAGACGCUGGACUCCAUAGCACUCCAAAAGCAGCCAUGCAGAGGUGACAACAGGGACAUGGGCUUGGAGGCUGACCCAGGACCCCCCAGCCUCCCUGUUCCCCUUGAAAUUGUGGACAAAGAUGGGAGCUUGGCGUCCCCUCCAGGGCACUGGGAUUCCAGCUCAGAUGCCUCUUUUGUCACAGCGGUUGAGGUCUCUGGAGCUGAGGACCCAGCCUCGGACACUCCCCCCUGGGCUGGGUCAUUGCCAUCGACCAGGCAGGGACUUCUGCAUGUUGCCCAUGCCAACCAGAGGGUACCUAGGUCUCAGGGCACGGAGGCAGAACUGAAUGCCCGUCUGCAGGCCCUGACUCUGACCCCACCAAAUGCUGCUUGGUUCCAGUCCUCCCCUUCCUCCAUGCCUCUCGUGGACAGGAGUCCAUCUCAUAGCUCCCCACGGACACCACCCCCUGGAGCUGACUGCCACUGCCUGUGGGAGCACCAGACAUCCAUUGAUAGUGACAUGGCCACGCUCUGGCUGACAGAGGAUGAGGCAAGCUCUACAGGUGGCAGGGACCCUGUCGGCCCUUGCCGGCAGCUGCCAGUCUCCACUGUGUCUGACUUGGAGUCGCUGCAGGGACUCCGAGCGCUUGGCCCAGAGUUUUCAGGGCACAGCCUAGAACUGGCUGCAGCCCUGCGGACGGGCCAUAUUCCAGACGUCCAGGCAGACGAAGAUGCGCUGGCCCAGCAGUUUGAGCGGCCAGAUCCUGCCAGGAGGUGGCGGGAGGGGGUCGUGAAGUCUAGCUUCACAUAUCUGCUGCUGGACCCCAGGGAGACUCAGGACCUGCCAGCCCGAGCCUUCUCACUGACCCCGGCUGAGCGCCUUCAGACUUUCGUCCGUGCCAUCUUCUACGUGGGCAAAGGGACGAGGGCCCGGCCAUACGUCCACCUCUGGGAGGCCCUUGGUCACCAUGGGCGGUCAAGAAAACAGUCCCCCCAGGCCUGCCCCAAGGUGCAUCAGAUCUUGGACAUCUGGGCCAGUGGUUGCGGCGUUGUGUCCCUACAUUGCUUCCAGCACAUGGUCGCUGUGGAGGCUUAUACGCGGGAGGCGUGUAUUGUGGAAGCCCUAGGGAUCCAGAUGCUCACCAACCAGAAGCAAGGGCACUGCUAUGGAGUGGUGGCAGGCUGGCCAGCUGCUCGUCGCCGGCGCUUGGGGGUGCAUCUGCUGCACCGUGCCCUCCUUGUCUUUCUGGCUGAAGGCGAGCGACAGCUUCGUCCCCAGGACAUCCAGGCCCGGGGCUGACUGCUGGGGAGUUGGCCAUCUAGCCUGGGGAGAAAUGUUUGAAUGUUCCAGCUGCCCCAUGCUGACAGCAGCCCCCAUCUCUGGUUUCAGAAGGGGUGUGUGUGUGUGUGUGUGUGUGUGUGUGUGUGUGUGUGUGUGUAGGGAGCACCAGGGCAGAUCUCCCCCAGGCUGAGGGAGGACUUUGUUGCAGAUGGUACUGCUGGAGAGGUAGUAAGUAGUGAGCUCCCCAUCGUGGGAGGAGGACAAGAAGGGAAGCAGAAGGUGCUUUGGAACAGUCCAGUGCUUCUGUAAGAGGCGUUUGAACCUGGGCAACUCCACCUUGAAUAGGAGCUGGGUAAAAUGAGGCUGAAACCUACUGAGCUGCAUUCCCAGAUGAUUAAAGCAUUCUAAGUCACAGGAUGAGGUAGGAGGUCAGCACAAGAUAACGGGUCAUAAAGACCUUGCUGAUAAAACAGUUUGCAGUAAAGAAGCCGGCCAAAGCCCACCAAUACCAAGAUGGCGACAAGAGUGACCUCUGGUUGUCCUCAUUGCUACACUCCCACCAGCGCCAUGACAGUUUACAAAUGCCAUGGCUGGCCAGGCGCGGUGGCUCAUGCCGGUAAUCCUAGCACUUUGGGAGGCCGAGGCGGGCAGAUCGCCUGAGGUCAGGAGUUCAAGACCAGCGUGGCCAACAUGGCGAAACCCCAUCUCUACUAAAAAUACCAAAAUUAGCUGGGCAUGGUGGUGUGUGCCUGCAAUCCCAGCCACUAGGGGGGCUGAGGCAGGAGGACCGCUUGAACCCGGGAGGUGGAUGUUGCAGUGAGCUGAGAUUGUACCACUGCACUCCAGCCUGGGCAACAGAGCGAGACUCUGUCUCAAACAAACAAAAAAACAAAUGCCACGUCAACAUCAGGACGUUAACCUUUAGACCCUAUAUGGUCUAAAAAGGGGAGGCAUGAAUAAUCCACCCCUUGUUUAGCAUAUCAAGAGAUAACCAUAAAAAUGGGCAACCAGCAGCCCUGCCCUGUCUAUAGAGUAGCCAUUCUUUUAUUCCUUUAGUUUCUUAAUAAAUUUGCUUUCACUGUA